AUGUCCGACCUCUCUAGUAAAUACGUCCUCCAGACGGUCGGUUUCGACGCUCGUUUCCCCAACCAGAAUCAGACUAGGAACUGCUUCCAAAACUACACCGACUACUUCAAGUGCAUCUCUGCCAAGGGCGAAGACUACGCCCCAUGCAAGCAGUUCAAGAAGGCGUACAACUCGCUUUGCCCUAACGAAUGGAUCUCCAAGUUCGACGAACAACGCGAAAACGGAACGUUCCCUGCGUCGCUGGAGCCGUGA